UCAUGUGACUGAUUAUGGGAGGGUUUAAAGAUGACUGGAAGCCAUCUUACACACUCGCUUUACACCCCUAAAUAUAUGUCAGAGCUCUACACCUAUAAUUCACAAACACGCAGAAAGAUAUUCUCAGCCACAUUAGGUGGAAAACCUUUGAAAUAGUUGACGUUGACUAAUUGGAGAGAAAGGAAUGGACCGAAUCAUUGAAAAGACUAACACUGGCUUCCUGGCCCCUGGUCUGUGAAACUUUCCUUUUGCAGAGGAAAGAUUCAUUCAUUCAUGGAAGGAUAAUUGAAGCUAAUCUCCCUGCUUAUAAUAUCUGUGACCUGUUGCUUGAGUGACAUUCAUAUUGAGAUGUUCCACAAGAGACUUGCAUAUUGAGGAACAAAGAACUGGUAAAAAUAUUGCUUUAACUUUUUUUUUUUUUUUUCUUUUUUUUUGGUGUGUGUGCGCGCUUUGGACACUGCGAAAGCUGUGGGAAGGACAACUUGCGAAUUGUUUUGCAAGCCCAUCAAGAUAGUGUUAUCUCCACUUUUGUUUGUCACUCGCUGUUUGGAGGAUAGAAUAUUUAAGUCAUGAGUACAGCCAGAAUGGAGAAUCCAGUGAUUCUGGGACUGUCGAAUCAGAAUGGCCAAAUGCGAGGCUCUGUAAAGCCAGCAGGGGGUCCUGGAGGAGGUGGAGGGGGGUCCCAAACAAUGCAGCCUGCCCAGGUCAAAGCCUCCAGCACAGUUAACAAUGGCAACUCCCAGCCUGCACCCACAGCCAACACUAUCAUCAAGCCUGGGGAUGACUGGAAGAAGAAUCUAAAGCUUCCUCCGAAGGAUUUGCGCAUGAGAACUUCAGAUGUGACGGCGACCAAGGGAAAUGAGUUUGAGGAUUACUGCUUGAAACGGGAGCUGCUUAUGGGCAUCUUUGAAAUGGGCUGGGAGAAACCGUCACCUAUACAGGAGGAGAGCAUUCCCAUUGCGUUGUCUGGGAGGGACAUUCUUGCCAGAGCCAAGAACGGCACAGGAAAAAGUGGCGCCUACCUCAUUCCCUUACUUGAACGCAUUGACCUGAAGAAAGACAGCAUACAAGCAUUGGUCAUUGUGCCCACUAGAGAACUGGCUCUACAAGUCAGUCAGAUCUGUAUCCAGGUCAGCAAACACAUGGGCGGGGUCAAGGUUAUGGCAACUACAGGUGGAACCAACCUCCGUGAUGACAUCAUGAGACUCGACGAAACAGUGCAUGUUGUCAUUGCCACUCCAGGAAGAAUUUUAGACCUCAUCAAAAAGGGAGUGGCCAAAGUCAAUCAAGUACAGAUGGUCGUAUUGGAUGAGGCAGAUAAGCUCCUGUCGCAGGACUUUGUACAGAUGAUGGAGGAGAUGCUGAGCUCUUUGCCCAAACAAAGGCAAAUUUUGCUGUACUCUGCCACCUUCCCACUGAGUGUGCAAAAGUUCAUGAACACCCAUCUGCAGAAGCCCUAUGAGAUAAACCUGAUGGAGGAGCUGACCCUGAAGGGGGUUACUCAGUAUUAUGCCUAUGUGACUGAAAGGCAGAAAGUCCAUUGCCUUAAUACUCUGUUCUCCAGGCUCCAGAUCAAUCAGUCUAUAAUCUUCUGCAAUUCAUCCCAGCGAGUGGAGCUCCUGGCCAAGAAGAUUUCGCAGCUUGGAUACUCCUGUUUCUACAUUCACGCCAAGAUGAGACAGGAACACAGAAACCGUGUGUUCCAUGAUUUCAGAAAUGGCUUAUGUCGAAAUCUUGUCUGCACUGAUCUCUUCACAAGAGGAAUUGAUAUACAAGCUGUGAAUGUAGUGAUCAACUUCGAUUUCCCCAAACUUGGGGAGACGUACCUCCAUCGCAUUGGCAGAUCAGGCCGAUUUGGACACUUGGGUCUCGCCAUUAACUUGAUCACUUAUGAUGACCGCUUUAACCUGAAAGGUAUUGAAGAACAGCUGGGUACUGAAAUCAAGCCUAUUCCCAGCAGUAUUGACAAGAGUCUAUAUGUGGCCGAGUACCAUAGUGAGAGUGGGGAGGAGGUUAAACUGUGAGCAGAAGAGAUCACCAAUCCUUUGUCCCCUAUCCCCACCUUUUUUCCUUCCCUACUGUGUAUAGGGAAUGGGGGAUUUUUUUUUUUUUUUUUUUUUUUUUUUUUUUUUUAAUUAUAUCUUCCGUCUGUCUUCCUCUUCCCCUACUUUUUUUUUUUUUUUUUCUUUUUCUGUCUGGUGCCACCACAAGGAAUGUGAUGUCGCAACGGCCCAAUAAUCGGGAAGGACUCAUGGCCUAAUAAAGGACUGCUUCACCGAAACUUUUAUCCUGAAGACUUCAAAUCACUUGAGGAGGGAAAGAGGGGACAUGAGGAUUUAUCUCCUAAGAAAAGAAAUGACUACUUCUUGCCUGCAAGCACAUUCUCACCCCACUCUCUCUCUGUCCUUCUGCACAUCUUCAUGUUUCUAGUCAUUUGAAACAAGUGCCUUAACAAGCAGUCUAACUUGUUCAAAAAGUAAUAACCUGAUUUAUUUUUAUUUUUUAUUUUUUUUUCUUUCUCUCUUCAUAACUCUUCAUUUUAAGACAUGAUCUGAUUUUUUUUUUUUAUUUUUUAUUUUUUAUGGCUUUUGGUAUUGCUUGUCUGCCCCCUCCUGUUUCACAUCAGAAGAAUAAUUUUGCAUUUGCCACCUGUAGACUUUUGGGGCGAUGAAGAACAGGAUUUCACAGCGGGAGAGAGGAUGGGGGUGGCAUGUGCGAUUUUUGUGCAGUCUCUGGCGUACUUGACUAUGGUGUGAAGAGAAGCCCCCCGGAGAACUGAGAUGAUAUCAGUGAGCAUGAUGACAAUGAUAGGAGCUAAUGUUCUUGUGGCAAGCUUUCAAAAGUCCCACAAGGCCCUCAAUGGCUUCCCCCCCCCACCCCCUUCAUCCACUCAUGGAACAUGCCAAGCCUCUAGAGACCCAUAACUCUUUCCCCCUCUGUCUUCAGUGGGCCAACACUAAGAGACUUGACCAGACUCAGACCAGCCUUUCUCCUUGGCCAUGAGGACUCCUGCUUUGAGACGAAUGUGGAUUUAUUUCUUCUUUUUUUUUUUUUUUUUCUUUUUUUCUUUCCCCUCAUUUAUUUUUUUUCUUAUUGGUAGGCACUCUGUCCUAAAUGUGCCAUUUAUACAGAUCUGGCACAUUGUAAACAUUUUGUAAAUACUUCAUUUAUUUUUUUUAAAUGGAUUGUUUUAAAACGAGCUAAAAAGGCUGGAUGACCAUUUGAAAAGAAUGUUGGAAAGAUCUUUUAAAAUCAGGAUUCUGUCAGCACUGGACGGCACUAUUUUGUUUGCUUAUGCUAUAAUUUUCGCCCAUGGGAAUUAAGUUUAGCCGAGUUUAAACCUUUCCAGGUAGUGCACCACCUUUUUGCUAUAACAAAUAAAAAAAAUUGGGCUCCCACUUUUUUUUUUUUUUUUUUUUUUUUUUAAAUCCAAAAACACUUUGUUCAGUUGUUUUGAGUCUAAGCUUCUAAGUGUUUCAGCAGGUGGUGCACUUGUUCACUAAAUUGACUCGCAUCCAUUACCCAGUGUUGACAAGUUCCUGACGUGGGUUGCUCAAAUAAACGGCCUCAUUUUAGGGUUGAGAAAACAUGAGGCUUAUUUGCUUUCCAGCCUUUUGCUUGUAACACUGACUUAUGAGGCACUCGGCAGGGUCCCCUAACUCUGGUGACUCUAAUCAUAGAGGUAAUUUAAUAUUUUCAUCAUGUAAUAGUGCUACUCGCUGCAGUGCAGCUCAAAUUGGCAACGUGCAAAAAUGUUGAAUUUCUAAGCGAGAUGUGUAGCUGUUACAUGGGUUUGUGUUCACUGGCACUAGGACAUGAUGACUUUAAACAGACCGUUUGGGGUGGGAGGAUUGAAAGGAACUUUGUUCCCAUUGGAAAAAGGAAAAACGGACAAAAAAAAACAACAACUGGAUGCCAAGACUUCUAAACGAUGGACUGACAUAAUGUAGCGGCAGAGACAUGCAGUGCAUCGUGAGUCAGCAGGCUUUUCUUUUUUUGUAACAAGACCAUGUUCUUAAGAUGCUGCACAGAUUUAACAGAAGAAUAUAAACCUUUGCAGUGUGGGCUGCACUUAAGUUUGAACUUUAGUUCAAGGGUUGGGUAAUAAUACGGCCUGCACACAUGCUGGGAGCACUUCCUCGGUUAGGGCAGAGGUGUUUAGACCGAAGGUGAGUUUUGUUUUUUGUUUUGAGGAAGUAUUGUGGCAGGGACAAGGGUAUUUAAGAUUGGGUAUGGGUAUUUCAUGGGUGCUGAUAACCAAAUGAUGAUAUUUUUUUUUUUUUUUUUUUUUUUUUUUUUUUGCAGCAGAAUAUUUAUCCCCCUCCCCCCAAACACUAAUAGCCUUUAAAGAUUUUUGAGUGAAUUAUUAUUAUUAUUAUUAUUAUUAUUAUUAUUAUAUAUAUUAUUUUUUUAUUUUAUUUUUUUUUUCUGGGGAUUGACAGAGGCUUGCUUGAGACACUUUAGCCCUUCUGCUGCUUUUUGAAUAAGUUUUGUGUUUUGACUUGUGACGUUUUGAGGGUUGUAACUUUAUGGGGUGGGCUGGAGGUUGGGAGGGAUACAAUUUUGCUUAUUUGAUUAUUGGCACAGAAUUAUUAUUAUUAUUAUUAUUAUUAUUAUUUUUUUUUUUUUCUUGCGUUGGAGUUUAACAUCACCAACGUCCCCAUUAGAAAGUCAAUUACAGGUGAGAUGUUUUUUCUUUUAACUAAAUGGAUUUGCUUUGUCUACUGCGGAGUGUUGCUAUUAUUUUUCCUGAGACAAUUGAGCAAGUUUGAUCUAACUGUGGUUAGUUACCAAAUUAUUAGUAAAAAUUAUUUGCCCCAUAUUCCAGCACUUGCAACCUUUUCCCAGUGACAUUGCUCGAAUCCAAGCUUGUAUCCUCUUCUCUAUAGCACAUACCCCCCGGUGUGGACAUGGAUGGUUCACCAGGCUAAUCAGCUUUGGUUUCUUUUGGGGCCUUUUUAAACAGAUCAGCUCUAGAGAGGAAUAUAUGAGUUACUGGGCUCUUUGGCAGCAGCCCGGUGUUUUUCAGUAACCACUUGCCGUGAAAAUCACUGUUCAUUCCUGAGGUGCUGUAAAGCGGCACAGUUGGAUGUGCUGUGAUCUUUGCCAUGGUGGUUGGGGUUUUGAUUUCAUUUAUUUUUGUUUUCCUUUUAUUUAGAAGAAUAGGGUGGAGAACAUCUCACCUGUUUGAAUAGUUAUCUGAAGCAUACAAAAAUUGACACCUGGAAAUCCACUCUUUCUUCAAUAUUUUCUUUUUUUUUAUUUUAUUUUUAUUUUCAUUUUGUUUUUGUAUUGGGGUGGGUGGGAAUGGGUUUUUGCUGCCCUGAUGUAUCUUUUCCUAUUCCAAUACUUGAUUGAUCUGUUGCAGUUCUCAAAAGCGUUGUGAGCCAAGUUGAUCGUAGAGCCCAUUGGUGUCAAUGGUUCUAUGAUCUGUUUAGGCUUGUGAUGUUUUUGGGAAAUGCAGCCCUGUUCAGUGGGGGAGCUUCGAUACAUCAGUCUGGGUUAGUGGGUGGGUGGGAAAUGGAGAGAAUUGGUUUCAAAUUCAAAUGAACAAUUUGGGAGUUAAGGGUAAGGAAAAAUUUCUCUAAACUUUGCCCUUAAAUUUGAAAUAUAUAAUUUUUUUUCCCCCUGAACUUUUGGAUACUGCAGAUUAAAAUUACAAACCAAAUUUAAGAAAUCCAAAGGUUUUUUUUUUGUUGUUUUUGUUUUUUUUUUCAAUUGGGGUAAUAUCAAUUGGAAUUUUUCUCAGUGAUGCUACAUUUUUAAAGAUUUGAGAUGUGUAAAAGUGCAAUGGUUAACAUCUGUGAUGGUUUUUGUUUGAAAAAUAAAGCUCACUGAAGUUC